AUGACAGUCGCAACUCCAAGCCCUGUGGUUAUUAACGGUCUUCACGUUCCUCCCACCAUUGAGGACUUGAAACUGUCAUCCCUGGCUUACAACCUUCUCCCAGACGACGGGGACCAGCCUGAGGUACAGCAGGUUCACCUCCAGAAGCUAGCCGACCUCUUCAAGCGCUUCAACGUUCAGGACAUGUUUGGAAUGCACCUCAUUCAUGGACACUUCCAGCUGGACGAAGGCAACGUCAUGCUCGGGACUACCCUCGCGUCUGUUCGUGGGUGUUGGACCAAACCUACUCCCAUCACGGAUCUCAAGUCCGCAGAGAUCCACGGCCAUAUCUUCAGACUGACUGAGAGUGGCGAGAUGCAGGCCUACGAGUAUCGUGAUGGGCCGACUACCAAUAUGGAUGGCGUCGAUCCCGCAUUUUUCCAGGAGCUGGUCGAGUAUCUACGCGUCAAUAAUUUGACGAAGAUCCUCGGACUUGAAGUCCUUGCCAAAGAAGUUCCAGAGAUGAUGUGCGAGUUCAUCCUCAAAGACAACAGCACCGUCAUGUUGGACGCGAGAGAUGUCAAGAAAUGGACGUCCUACCGCUUUACCGGAUUCGCUGUCAACAGGCCAGGCAUGAGUGAGCUUAAGGGCAAUCAAAGCCAUGCCAAGACUGUCAGGAAUACCCACCAGGUUUUCACUGAUGGGAAGAUUGGCAAGGAGGAUAUUCUCAUGGAUGUUCUCCGGGCUGAGGAUAUUGUUCAUUGA